AUAUAAUUAAGUUUAUAAAUAUAUAUUUAUAUAUAUUUGCAUAUUAUUGUAUUUAAGCAAAAGUAAAAAUAAUAAUUAAUUAAAAAGGAACUUUUAUUUUUGUAUAUUUAAUAAAAUUACGUUAUAUGAACGUCAAAUAAUUAUAUUAUAUAUAUAUUAAUAGAAAAGAAAAUUUGAAGUUGUUCACAAAAAAUAUAAACUCUACAUAAAAAUUGUUUUUAAAUAAUUUUUCCCCCAUGUCAUGGAUAUUACUUGACUUUUAAAAUAAAAAUUUAAUUGUUUUUUUAUUUUAAAAAAAUUAAGUAUAAGAAACAUGGGAGUGUACAAUAUUGGCAUUAGUAUUUAUUAUUAAAUAUGCUGAUAUCAGUAAAAACAGGGUAGAUAAAUAUACUAUUCCUUUAAAAGAUGAGUACUAGGGAAAUGUCAUAUAUGCGAAAAUAAAAGGAAAUAUGUACCAUUUUUUGGCCAAGUUUUUUAUAUGUAAACUCUUAUUAUGUGUAGUCCUAAAUCCUUAUAAUGGUACCCUUGCUAUAUAUCCUGAGAAUAAAACAAAUCAAGAUGGCUCGGUAGAACUCGAAACUCGGAAGGCGCAAUAUGCGCCUUCGCAAAAUAAAGUACGCUGGUCAAAGGAAUUUGAGAACUCUACAAAAUUAAAGAAGAAAUAUUCGAACAAUGAAGCAAAAAAAGUAAAAAAAGUUAAAAGAAAAGACGUACAGAAAAAACAACCACCACCACCACCACCCCCUGUAGACGCAUCGAAAGGGCAGCAGUCUGUGUUAAAUGAAUUAAAAGAAACAUUAUUGGUCAGACCACAGAUAAUUGAAACAAUGUUAAAAAAUUUAGAAGAAACUUUGCUAGAUAAUAAAUUAAUAGCAGAAUCCAAAUUAAACGAAGUAAAAGAAGUCCUAUCUGAUAGUGAUCAAAUGGAAAAAAAAAAUGUCCUAAAAGUGCUAAAGGAAAACUUGUUAAGCAACCCAUCCAUAAGAAAUUUAAUGUUAAAGGAAUUAGAAGACAUUCUGCUAGGAAAUGAAUUGAACACAGAAUUUAUUUUAAAUGUAUUAAAUAAAAAUAAGUUUAGUAAUAGAAUGGCGUAUUUGUCUUUGUUAAAUAUAUUUGGAAGAGUUAUAGUAUCUAAAAAAUUAAUGGAAGAAUCGAAGUUGAAAGAAUUAAAAGGAGUUUUGUUAGGCAACAACCCUAUAACAGAACCCCAAUUACAUGAUUUAAAAGUGUUGUUAGUUGAUAUAUUAUAUAAUAUUUCUAAUUCAAAUAAUAAAGUAGAAACAAAAACAGGGGAUAUCAUUAAUAAUGUUCCUGAAAUUGACGCGUAUUAUUUUUCACAAAGUUUUGAUUCUCCAACCAAUAUUGAUAUGAGGUACCCUAACAACUUAUUGCAAAAUGUUGGUUCUAUCAAAAAUAAUAACUAUGUGUCCAAGAGGGAAUCGUUCAAUAGAGAACAAUUUAUAAGGAAAAAUAAUCUAAAAAGGAGAGACAAUUUAUCUCUUAAACAUGGUUCCCUAAAGAAAAAAGAUUUGAACUAUAAAAAGAGUGUGUUGCAAAAAGAUGAUUUGGUAAAAGAGAAUAACCUGCUAAAACAGAAGUUCUUGAAAAAGGAGGAUUUUAUACAAUCGCGUAGAACAAUAAACCGAAAUAAUUUAAAACAAAAAGGGGACUCUACAGUGAGUGUUGAUAUGCGACACAAAAAGAAUUUAUUGCAAAAGGACAUUUCUGUUGAUAGGGAUAAUUUAAUCCAAAGAGAGUUCUUAAAGAAAGAUGAUUUUAUAAGGACAAGUAAUCUGAAAAGAAAAACAUUUUUUCCUCCAAAAUUUGAUGAUUCUGUAGAUGACACUCCAGCUAUAGACAGAAGGGAAAUAUUACAAAAAAAUCAUUUAAUAAAGAAAAUCGAUAUAAAAGAUAUUAAGAAAUCGACACCAAAGAGCGAUUCCUUGGAAAAAAUUGAUGUGGAAAUCAGCCCAAAGGACAAAUUACCAAAGAGUGAUUUGGCAGAUAAAAUUGAUAAAAAAAAAGUCGAGCAAAUCACGAAAAAGAAACAAUGGACUAUAGAAAUACAUAUGAGUCAAAAGAAGGAAAAAGAUGAAACAAAAACUAAAAAAAAAAAGAAAACUACUACUAUCAGCACGCAUAUGUGUGAGAAGACCAAGAAAAGUGAACUAAUAGACAUUGAUGAUUCUAAAAGUAAAGAUGAUAAAAUAGGAGAAGAAAAAGUCGCAAAGGGGAAAAAAUUCAUUGUAGAUAUACAUAUGGACAAAAAGAAGAAGAAAAAACCAAUAAUAAAAAGAAAACCAUUGGUGAUUGAAGCGAUUAUGGAGAAUGUGUUUCCAAAGAAGGAUCUUGAAAUGUUAAGAAAAUUAUAUGGCUCUAAUGUAAUUGAUGUGGACGUCAGAGAUUCCGUAUACCAAGCGACAGAAGAAGCACUUUUCGAAAGUGUUCUUGCAAACGUUAGAAAAAAACCUAGUAGAAAAGUUCAAAUUUUACGAAAAGUGGGUAUUUAUGGAGUAGCGCCACUACUUGCUAUAGGAGCAAUAAUAGGCUUUUCAAUAGGAUAUGUGGAAGUAAUGAAGGUACAUCUUGUGUGGGACUCUCUAGCUGUAGGUGUUCAAAAAUCUGUAGAUGUGAUUGUAGAUAAAGCACCUGUAAUUGUAUCUGAAAUUGGAAAGUGUGCGUCUGAUACAAUGAAUGCAGCAACGACUAGUAAUUCUAUUUGGGGUUUAGUGGUGUCGGCCGUAUUUAAUGUUGCGCAAUGCGUAACAAAUACUUUCGUAGAAACGACAACUACCGUUAUCAAUGCCGCACUUGAAGGUGCUACUGCAGGUACUGCAUAUGGUACAGCAUACGGUGUAAUGCAAUCAAUGUUCCCAUCAUUUAUAGCUCUUGGAGUCGCAGUCCUUAUUUAUAUUAUAUAUAGAAUAAUCGUAUACCUAGAUAAAAAAGGCAAAUUGGAAUGGUAUCAUAGAUAUGAAAGGAGAUUUAUAAAAAAUAUAAAGAAGAAAUAUAAUAAAUUUAGGAUGGCUAUAAAAAAAAAAUAG